AUGAAGCCCAGCGAGCUAGAUAUUGCACGGCAGUUAGACGCAGCUUCUUUAGGCUCCGUCAAAGUCCGGGAGUUGAAUCGACUCAUUUUUGAAGAUAUAGACGUGCGUGGAUCUCGGGCCCUGAAUCAGUCUCAUGUCAAGAAUAUCAUUCAUCGGUUCAACCAUGAGGGCUGUCGCCGACUUGAUCCGCUCACAUGGAUUCCUUGCGAAGUAUCGAAGUCGGUUCUCCAAUCACUUUUACAAGUCGACUCAAUCAAUUUGUAUAUAGAUCGUCCUACCGAUUUGCGGCUUCCGGAAGGAUCUGAGCUACUUUGUCUUCAAGGGCAACAUCGAAUUGCCGCAGCAGUCGAGUGGCUCGAGCCCAAUGAUAUUUGGUGGAAUCUGAUACUUUACGACUCCGAGAAACUGAGUGACGAAUGUCGCAAACGACUUCGAGAAGCGGAAAAUGGGUCUCAGCUUUUCAGUGACGGCGAAAUAUUUCAAAAUGUUCGACAUUAUCAGCUUCGUGGUGAAGAAAAGCCUGCUCAAGAAUGGCUGGCAAAAUGGUCACAAACCAAGUGCCGGGACUACAACCGAAUUUACGAACCCAAAAAAAGCAAGGAAAAAUGGAAUUCGUUUGCAAAGAAGCUAGAUGCGCUGCUGGUAUUCCCUGCCCUAUGGAUCCAUUGGCUUAUGGGAACACACUUGACAAGUUUAAAUUCCCCAGAGAUCAAGGAGCUUUCUGCCUACCUCCAUCAAAUACAUUCUGCAUGGGUCUCUCUUACAUGCGGGGCCUCUCAAAUCUUGGACCCUAGCACUCUUGAACUUCUUCAAGGGCGUUAUCCCCGCCUCUCGUUGGAUGAUCGCAGAUUUAUUAAUCAAAUAUUUAAUGACAAUCUGGCUUUCCCACGCGUCAGUGAUCCUGCUUUACGAUCACAACUUCUGCAGGCCUCUCUGAACUACCCGGGAAUUAUACCUUCGUUACACCUGUUUCUUGAGAAUAUCAAGUACUUGAAGCCAAUGACAGAUAUCUUGAAGAAAGUCCUGCCUUUCAAAUUCAAAGGCUCUAUUCGACAAGCUAUGCUGCGGUAUUAUGUUCCAACUGCAAGAAGCCGAAUCCAGGUGACAGAGAACGAUUUUGAAGAGGACGAAUCUGCCAGCGAAAAAGUUUUAUUUUGGUCCGCAUAUCGACAAUGUUUUCUAUUCGCAAUGCGUCACUUUUUCGGACUAACUGACGUCCACCCGCGAGGCCAUAGCCAGUCUUCCAAGCCCCAUCAAAAGCUUGAGCGUUUAGACCUAUGGAAGCGGUUGAAAUUUCUCUUUAAUCAUUUGGGGUUCGUUCUGGAUGGAUCUCAGAAAGCUCGAGCACCAAUAAAAACAGAAUAUAUGGCAAUUCACGCGCUCCUUGCCCAACUAAGACCUCCUGAGCUGUUCGAAUAUGAUCAUGCCAUCUUGACUGAAUGCAGCAAUCAUGUCGCAACUGUUCUAACACAAAUCAAGCCCCGUAUGAUAAGCGCACCACGGCCGCUACAGAGCACGGAUGUCACAAGGAAUUGGUCUCUUAUGCAACGUUGUGGGAUGACAGACGCGGAUACUUUCUUUUCCGACCGCAAAUAUCUUUUUCUGCGGAACGUCUAUUCCCCGGAUGAUGAACCUCGUGAAAGUGUGACGUCCUUUGCGGUGAAGCGGGACAUUUUCAGAUCUUUCUUUCCUGACAACGAAGACUUGGAAAGAACAGAUAUAAUUCCGGAAGCCCCCCUU